UGUGUGUGUGUGUGUAUGUGUGUGUGUGCGAGCGAGGGAGGGAGGAAAGGAUAGCGAGAGAGAGUUUGUCCAGGUGCUGGAGUGGGCAAACGGAAAUCAGCCACAGGACUCUGUAGCAGCUCUUUGAGAGAGAGAGACAGAGAGAGCCGGUCCCUAGCUCUGAGACAGGGUCCCCCCGCGAAAAACAUGGAGACAAGAUGCUGAGGGCCCACUAAAAGCCCCCUGACUGAUACACUGGCAAAACGGACACACAGUCACACUGCGGGACAAGGCCGGCGUGAACGCCAUGGUGGCUGAGGAGGUCAUUAUCACCCUGUCCGGCGGAGCGCCGUGGGGCUUUCGGCUACAGGGAGGUGUGGAAUGCCAGAAGCCCCUUCAAGUGGCCAAGGUACGGAAGCGGAGUAAGGCAUGCCGAGCGGGUCUCCGAGAGGGGGACGAACUGGUCUCCAUCAACGAGAGCCCAUGUGGAUGCCUCUCCCAUGCCCAGGCAAUGACCCUUAUCGACAGCUCUCCCGGCACCUUACACAUAAGAGUCAAGAGGGCUCCAGCUGGUUUCCAGUCGGUGGUCCUCCUGCCCCGCGCCCCAUCGCCCCGAAUCGAUAAAGAGUACCGCGCCGCGCUGAGAGACAUGUCCCCCUCCGGCUCCAGCAGACACCAGCAGACGGCCGUGCGGCAGGUCCACAGAGGCUCCUUCCUGUCCCCUACUGGCACUGGCACGAGCCGCAGCGGCCUCACCUCCCCCCCAGGCAGUGAGGCGUACUACGGCGAGACGGACAGCGAUGCCGAUGUGGUGGCCCAGGAGCGACAGAGGCGCCAGAAGCGACGCAGCCCCAGCAACAGUGUCCCAGGCAAGGCUGGCCGCGCAUCCCCCGAGGGCGGUGAGACUUCGGAGAUGAGCGGUUACGACAGCGCGCCAGACCCGUCCUUCGGUUGCCCGGAGAUGCUGCCGGGCGUGGCUCGCCGGGAGGUCAUCUACCAGCCGCCUCCGUCCACCGCCUGGUCCUCGCAGACCUCCACAGAGACAUCAUCCAUGAGCGCAGACGACCAGGGCCCCCAGGAGGACAGCGGCUUUCAGGACCUGCACAACGUGCCCCUGGUGUCCCCGGAGAGGGCCAAAGAGGCCCUGAUGCUGAGCUCCCGCGGGCAGUUGGUACCCAUGGUAGGGCCUUUAGACGUGCCCGUGGAUGAAGAACUCACCGUGACAUACAUGGAUAAGGCCAAGCAAGCGAAACUGAACCGUGGUGAUACAGGCCAAGACAAGCAAGUGAAAGAGGCGCGUACUAAAUGCCGCACCAUCGCCUCACUGCUCACAGAUGCCCCGAACCCCCACUCAAGAGGUGUGCUGAUGUUCAAGAAGCGUCGGCAGCGCUCCAAGAAGUACACCCUCACCAACUUUGGCAGCGUGGACGAGGAAUUGCGGCAGGACUCUCAGGAGGAGGAAGACGGCAUGUUCCCGGGUAGCGAGUCCGAGUUUGAUGAAGACGGCUUCUCUGCCGCACCGGAUCCGACUUGGGACAGCGACUAUAUGGACAUGCUGGAGAGACGCUCGGCCAGUGCAGUGGGCCAUACUGAGGAGGCUCCCAGCCCAGGGCUCACCGGCACCUCCGGCAAAGGGGCUCAGCUGUUUGAGCAACAGCGGAAGAGGGCAGAUGAGCAUGCCAAGAGAGCAGCCAUUGCACAGGCCCAGACACAGGCGCAAGUGCAAGCGCAAGUGCAAGCUCAUGCUCAUGCUUCAGCACAGCUACAAGGACAGAUGCAGAUGCAGAGCCAGAUGCAACCAGAGGUGCAGGCAGACACUGUACCUGUGCACAUCCAGGCAUUCACACAGCCAGUUACCCAGCCACUCACACAGCCCGCUCCCCAACCACAACCUCAGCUAAUGCAAGUACAGCCUUCCCCCCAGCCCCCACCAGUUGCUCCUAAACCUCAACAGCAUCUAAGAGAGGCCAUGCCACCCACACAGAACCCCCCUACCAUACCUCCUGCUCCAGUUGUAGCUGCUCAGCCUCUUUCAGUGGUGACCAAUGGAGAUGCCAUCAUACCCCAGGGCAAUGUCAUGUCACUAGCCCCACUGGCAACAGGCCCAGCAGUGUCCACUCUCACAGCCCCAUCUCCGACUCCACUUCCAGAGCUUCCCUCAAGCUCAGUUCUGAACCGGACAGCUCGGCCAUUCGCUCCAGGUUUCAUCAGCAACCGUGCUGCGACUGCACCAGUUGUCUUCCGCCCCUCUGUGGCUAAAAAGUCCCCCCGGCCUGUCUCUGUGGCUGUUGUGCAACAUCCCUUCCCUGCAGCUGAUGAAAGGGCCAUAACUGCUGUCUCUUUCCCUGCCUCUUUGUCUGCUCCUUCUCUUGCCCCUGCUCCUGCCCCUAAACCUGCCCCGCCUCCUCCAGUGAUGGUUCCCAGUACUGCUCCAAUGGCCAUUACUAUGGUUCCACUUUCUGCUCCAGUUGUUCAGGCUGACUCCAGUAUCCCACUAGGACCCAUGAGUCCUCCAGUCUCUUUAGUUCCUGCUGUACCUAUCCCAGCCCCAAUACUCAUCUCUGCUCCUGCCCCAAUACCCAUCUCUGCUCCAGCCCCUAUACCCAUCUCUGCUCUUGCCCCCAUGCCAGUUUCUGCAACCAUCCCUGCUUCUCCUCAGCUUGCCAGGAUAUCCUCCUCUGUAGAGAACAUUCAGGCAGCCUCCAUGGCCAUCCCUCCUCCAGUGCCGCCAAUAGAACCACCUGCUCCUGUAGCACCAGUUGCACCUGUGGCACCAGCUACUAUGGCAAUGCCUGUACCACCUUCACCCCCAGCCUCUGCUCCAGCACCUGCACCAGCUGCUGUCUGUAGCUUUGACCUCCCAGCAUCACCGCCAGUUAUGCCCCAGUCCAGACUGAGAGGCACCACAGCAGGGGGACGCACUGGUAUCUUGGAGGAUGCCCGUCGGCGGAGCUCAGGCAGGCGCAUGUUCCAGAAGCCCGAGGACAAGAAGAACUCACCCAACCCCACACUGCUGUCCAUGGUGCAGAACCUGGAUGAGAGACCAAGACACAGGUAUUCAGAUCCUGUCUCAUAUGAUUACAACGAAGAGGACACGGAGGAAGCUGGGGGUAAAGUUCCUCCACCGGUGGCCCCAAAACCACGCAUCAUACCUGAAGUCUCCCAGAUCCCCCAAGCAGAAGGGAAGGGGGCUGAGCUGUUUGCCCGCAGGCAGAGUCGGAUGGACCAGUAUGUGGUGGACUCGCCAGUCUCACCAACCUACCCACCCCAGCCGGCCCCCCAGCCAUACACAACAAAUAUACGAGACUCAUCACCUACUCAGUCUCUUCCUUCACAGUGGAAAUAUUCCCCCAAUGUCCGCGCUCCUCCACCUAUUGGCUACAACCCCUUGCUUGGUCCCAGUUUUCCCAUGGGACCUCAGCAUGAUAAUGCUAGAUCAUCAGAUGCCAUGAGGGGAGGCCGGGGUGGUUAUGGCACUCAAAGAGAAGGAAUCAAAGCCCUGGACUUCCUGAGGAGGCAGCCAUACCAGCUCAACUCUGCCAUGUUUGGUGGAAACUACAUGCAGGGCCCCAACCAAUCCCAGAUGCAGCAGAGAGAGGGUUAUACUCUGAAUGCACCUCGCCAGAUCCCUGUCAAGGCUGCACGUGUCUACGAGAUCAAACGGUUCUCCACACCCACACCAAUGUCUGCCCCGACAAUGGCCCCAAAAGUUAUUGCCCCACGCUCCGCCACCACACUUGGAGACCGUAUAUCACGCUCUGACAUGAUAUCUCCACCACCGGCACCCCAACCCCGUCCUUAUGCCCCAGUUUCUGCCCCUGAACCUGCCCAUGUUCCAUUCCCUCCAGCCGCUAACACCGGGGGUCUUCCUGAGCUACCCAAAAUCUCUGCUAACCCCGUUCCCAAUGCCCACCCUCUCCCUUUCGUCCCGACUGCCUCCACGUCAGGUAUGUCCUACGGUGGCCUGCAAGCUGCCAAGCAGUUCAAGAGUGCACCUGAGCUUUAUACCCUGCCUCCCCUAAGGCCCGCACCUGUCCAGGUGCCCAAGCCACGCUUUGUCGCCACACGAGUGGGCAUCCAGCCCCGCGUGUGGAGGCCUGGUGCCCUGCCACAUUGAUUGGGUGACCUCAUCAGCCUCCCUUGAAGUCAGAAGUCACCAGUACAAUGAGGUCCCACUAUGCAUUUUCAUACAACCAACUUGGCUGCCAAAACUGCUAACAAUGCUCCAAGAUUGUGAAAACAUGCAAAAGGUAUACAUCAUAGAAUUCAAAGUUAGUUUGUGAUCAAAUGUAUAGCUCAUUAAAAAACUGUACCCAUUCAUGUUCAGUGUUUAGAAUGCUCAACAAUUAUCUGAAUCAUCUGAUGGUUUACAAAAAUCAAAUAAAAGAAAAUGUGAUUCAAAUGCUCAAACCUAAUACAUAUUUUGUAUCUAUUGUCAGCUGGCCACUUGGCUGGUUUGUCAUUGCUAUUUUCAUUAGCCAGUAUAAUCACCUCACAAAUUCUAAGCUUUUUUCGGAUUUGAGUGGUGUGCCCAAUUAUCGGUGCCACUGAUAAGUGACUUUAACCACAGAGAAUUUGUGGCUUGUAACUAACAUAAGUCUGUCAGCCACGCAGAUGCUUUCCCAAAUUAUCUAUGAGAGAGAAUUUUAUCAUGACAUAUUUCUGAAACUUAAACCACAGCAUCACAUAGGGGACAUUCAUGAAAUCCAACACAUAUGAUCAUCGUUAUAAAAUGGGGUCAAUGAUUUGAGCUGGGAGUUCAUGUAACAGAGUUGAGUACUACCAUUGACUGCAUGAAGGCUUUGAGCUGGCUGGGAAAUUGAAUGUACAGGUUCACUCAAACAAUUUGUGUCAGAUGCAGAUGCUUUUGUUUUCUAGAAACGAAUGUGAUGUGCUUAGAACUGAGUAUCUCAGAAAAUGCUUUAGCCACUCCUGGAUUAGGCAUAUCUUCUGGUGAAAAAAAUUAAAUAGACUCCAGGAAUUGGUUGGAUCCCUGAGGUCUGAAAACUUGCCAGAAGUGCUGCUAUGCUGAAUUGAGUCAGUCUUUUACAUCAACUUAAUUUUCCAGUUAACUAAGUUAGCCUGAUAAUUGUAUGUGCUACAUUUGUUGGAACCUCAAAACAGAACACAGGCUUGAGCAAAAUGUGCCAUAUCUGUUUUUACGCCGUGCACUCUAACUCUGCUUUGUUAAAAAAAUAUACUCCACAGCAAAAUAUGCUGAGCUUGAAGACAUAAAAAAGUACUUCGAUGUCUUCGACCUGCUGAAUGAGCUCUGAGUAAAGAACUAGUUGAACUAAGAUUCAGGUAGGGAUUUUAGCAGUUACAAUAUUCAACCCUCUUUCACAGUGAAGAAGAGCAUAGUUGUACUGUGAAGUUAAUGCUGACUGCAGUGAGAAGACAUGAGGUUUGCAUUUGUGUUCCAUGCUUUGGCCCAGACAGGUCAAUCAGAAAUAAUAUCUCUUUUGGCAAGGCCUGAACGGAACAGGUGUUCUGCUGUCAUGGCCUAUUUGUGGAGCCACAUAAGCAGUAAACUAGCCUGGAACACCACUGUCUUGGUGUUCGGUGUUCAAUCUCAUUACUCAAAAUGCAUAAAACUGAGUGCUAAGAUAAUGUUAAAUGUUUUGAGAGGGGAAAAAAAAGAGAAAAAAAACUUUGAUUGCUGCUUUAACCUAUUUUCUGUAAGGUCAAACUGAUUUGUGAUGGAAACGUAUGAGGCAAGUUUAAGACAGCAACAGAAACUGGACACAAAAGGUUCCUGGUUGGUGAUGCAGGUUGAGAUGUACUUGCUACAUAAUGCUAGUUUAGAUCAUCACCACACAUGGAAAAAGGAAGGAAUUUUAUAAGAAGGGUCUAUCAGAAUUGAUAAGGUUCCUAACUGCCAGAUACCCUUUUUUUGCUACUAGCCUUGUUUUUCUUUUCAAGACAAUGCAGCAGAAGGGUCAAGUGUCAUUUGAACCGACUUAUUGACUGUAUAUUGAAGUGUGAAUUCCCUCAGCCUUCAGUGAUGUGAGGAAAGUGAUAACGAACGACUGGGAUCUAAGACCUUGUUUGAGAAUGUAGAGGGAGCAAUUGAGAGAGACAGAGAUGCAAAGAAAUUCCACUAUGUGUCUUUUUUCAGUAUGAAACACUGACAAACCAUUGAAGAGAAAGUAGGAGUAAGACCUGGCAAGAUUGAAACGGUACAAUAAAUGUAGACCGUUAUAAGUGAACAUGGACAUUACCGUGAGAACAAACUCUUUGGAGAUUCCUGUAAAGAGAGCCAGACUACAGUAAGUGUAACAGGUAAUAUUUCUUUUACCAGAGCCUUGAUAGGGUCCAUUAUCACUCUCCAUGGCAAUGAUGUUUUUUGUUAUUUCUGGCUGUUUUAUUUGAUUGAAAAUGAAAGCUUGCAUAAAGUAGUUUGUGUACAUUGUGUACUGCUGUCUUGAUCAAUCAUUCUGUUGAACUUGUACUUUAGAAGGCUUUCUGCAUUAAAGAAGCUUAGAGUGUAAUGUUAAUAGUGAGGUUAAUCAUAGAGUGAGUGUGAGCAUGUCUAGUGUUUAUGAUGUGGCCAUAUUCAAGGGCAGAAUGUACUUUUAGUAAGACGUUUUUAACUGAAUAAAAAUAGACUUUGAAAUUUUA